AUCAAACCGCUGCUAGCCCAUCUCCAGAACCUUCUCUAAGCUCACACUGGGAACCCUACUAAAACCCUAAUCCCUGUUCCUCACCUCCGCGUUGCAGUUCUCUCUCUCUCUCUCUCCGCGUUGCAGCUCUCUUUCUCUCGCUCUCUCUCACGGUAGUUGCAGUGUUCGACAACAUGCAUAGGCUCUCGAGGCGCUCCGUCUCCACUAUUCUGCGCACAAGUGGCGCACGGUACCGAAACGCUGCAGCUCCGAUUGCUUCUUCUUCUUUCUCUAAUCUCCUCGAUGAUUCGGCUGUUCAAAGUGAUACAAAACUCAGAUGGUACUCCGUGUUGAGCACUGGAGCAUGCAAUUCCACAAGGCCUAUUGGGUCAUUGAACCUGAAAAAUGGUGUGUUUAUGGGCAAUCGCCCUGAGUCAACAGCUGCUGCAUCUGAUGCAUCAGAUGUUCCAGCCGAGAAAUAUGAAUAUCAAGCAGAGGUUAGCCGGCUUAUGGACCUCAUAGUUAACAGCUUAUAUAGCAACAAAGAGGUGUUUUUGCGGGAACUUAUCAGCAAUGCAAGUGAUGCUUUGGACAAACUGCGAUUUCUCGGAGUUACAGAGCCUGAACUUUUGAAGGAUGCUGUUGAUCUUGAUAUACGCAUCCAGACUGACAAGGAUAACGGGAUUAUUACCAUCACGGAUUCUGGCAUUGGUAUGACCCGUCAAGAACUUAUUGACUGCCUUGGAACUAUUGCACAAAGUGGAACUGCAAAGUUCUUGAAGUCACUAAAGGAGAGUAAGGAUUCUGGAGCUGACAGCAAUUUAAUUGGUCAAUUUGGAGUGGGAUUUUAUUCAUCUUUUUUAGUUUCAGACAGGGUGGUAGUCUCCACAAAGAGCCCAAAAUCAGAUAAGCAAUAUGUAUGGGAAGGAGAGGUUAAUUCUAGCUCCUAUGUCAUUCGUGAGGAGACUGAUCCUGAGAAGAUCAUUCCAAGAGGGACUCGUCUAACCCUUUAUCUAAAGCAAGAUGAUAAAGGUUUUGCACAUCCAGAAAGGAUUCAGAAGCUUGUGAAAAAUUAUUCACAGUUUGUUUCAUUCCCAAUAUACACUUGGCAGGAGAAGGGUUACACUAAAGAGGUUGAGGUUGAUGAGGAUCCAGCUGAAGCCAAGAAGGAGGAUGAACAAGAUGAGAAAACUGAGAAGAAGAAGAAAACUAAGACAGUUGUUGAGAAGUACUGGGAUUGGGAACUCACUAAUGAGACACAACCCAUAUGGCUUCGGAACACUAAGGAAGUCACCACAGAGGAAUACAAUGAGUUCUACAAGAAGACUUUCAAUGAAUACUUGGACCCUUUAGCAUCUUCGCACUUCACAACUGAGGGUGAGGUGGAGUUCAGGUCCAUACUAUAUGUGCCAUCUGUUGCUCCAAUGGGAAAAGAUGAAAUAGUUAAUCCCAAGACAAAGAAUAUAAGGCUUUACGUGAAACGCGUGUUCAUUUCUGAUGAUUUUGAUGGUGAAUUGUUUCCACGAUACUUGAGCUUCAUUAAAGGUGUUGUCGACUCCAAUGAUCUUCCCCUCAAUGUGUCACGGGAAAUUCUUCAAGAAAGUCGUAUUGUACGCAUUAUGAGGAAGCGUUUGGUUCGAAAGGCUUUUGACAUGAUUCUAGGCAUAUCCUUGAGUGAGAACAGAGAUGAUUAUGAAAAAUUCUGGGAGAACUUUGGUAAACACAUAAAAUUGGGUUGCAUUGAAGAUCGUGAAAACCACAAGCGUCUUGCUCCAUUGCUUAGGUUCUUCUCCUCACAAAGUGAGCAAGAGAUGAUCAGCUUGGACGAGUACGUUGAGAACAUGAAGCCUGAUCAGAAGGAUAUUUAUUUUAUUGCUGCUGACAGUGUGACAAGCGCCAAGAACACGCCUUUCUUGGAGAGACUUCUUGAGAAAGACCUUGAGGUGCUGUUCUUGGUUGAUCCCAUUGAUGAGGUGGCGAUACAGAAUCUGAAAUCAUAUAAAGAAAAAAAUUUUGUUGACAUUAGCAAGGAAGACCUCGAUCUAGGUGAUAAGAAUGAGGAGAAGGAUAAGGAGAUGAAGCAGGAGUUCGGCCAAACAUGUGACUGGAUUAAGAAAAGAUUAGGUGACAAAGUUGCCAGUGUCCAAAUCUCAAACCGCCUUAGUGCAUCACCUUGUGUUCUUGUAUCCGCAAAGUUUGGUUGGUCUGCCAAUAUGGAGAGGCUGAUGAAAUCUCAAGCAGUUGGCGAUACCUCCAGCCUGGAGUUUAUGAGAGGCAGGAGGGUGUUUGAGAUCAAUCCCCAGCACCCAAUCAUUCAAACCUUGAAUGAGGUGAGCAAUAGUAGUCCAAAUGAUGAAGAAUCUUUGAGAGCUAUUGAUCUUUUGUAUGAUACAGCCUUAAUUUCUAGCGGUUUCACUCCUGAAAACCCGGCACAACUUGGUGGGAAGAUCUAUGAGAUGAUGGGGACAGCUCUAUCAGUCAAAUGGGGAGCGCCAGCAGUUGAGUACCAGCAGCCUGCAACCGGACCGGCGCACAAUGCAGAACCGCUAGAGGCCGAGGUGGUGGAACCAGUUGAAGCCGGUCGUCAGAAAUAAGAAGCGCCGGAAUUUUUGGAUUUUCAUGUCAUUAAUAUACAAAAGAAUAGGUAAUAGAUUCAGUAGGGACAAAGAGAGAGCUAGGAUGGAGCAAACUCAGCUGAUGCAGGGGAAAACUUUUGAUCCUUCUAUAUAUAGGCCUGUUUGACUUCAAAUCGAUUAAACCCAAUGAGAGCGUUUGCCGACAGUUUUGUCUAAA